AUGUCUUUCUCGUUCGGAACCGCCCCGGCUGGCGGCACGGCACAGCCGGCCGCGAGCACUGGCUUUGGCAGCACCGCCUUCGGGGCCGCCGCGCCGAGCGCCUCCAGCGGCACGUCCUUCGGCUCGACGGUGGCCCCGGCCGCUGGUGGCACCUCCUUCGGCAGCACCUCCUUCACCAAUCCCCCGACCUCCGGGUCGACCGGGCUCGGGGGCGCUGCCCCGGCGGCCGGGUCCUCCGGCUUCGGCGGGUUUGGCGGUUUCGGCGCGGCCGCCCCGGCGGCCGGGUCGAGCUCUGGCUUUGGGGGCUUCGGCGCCAGUGCCCCGGCCACCGGCUCGACCUCGGGCUUCGGUGCCUCGACCUCGGGCUUCGGUGCCUCCACUUCGGGCUUCGGGGCCUCCACUUCGGGCUUCGGGGCCUCCACUUCGGGCUUCGGGGCCUCCGGCUCGGGCUUCGGGGCCUCCGGCUCGGGCUUCGGGGCCUCCGGCUCGGGCUUCGGGGCCUCCGGCUCGGGCUUCGGGGCCUCUGGCUCGGGCUUCGGGGCCUCUACCUCCGGGUUCGGCGGUACCACGGGCUGGGGCCAGGCCCCGGCCAAGACCCCGGCGCAGCUGGCCCAGGAGCAGCAGCAGCAGAAUCUCAUGCGCAUCCACAUGCAGCAGCUGGAGCAGAUGAAGUACCUGGCGAAUCUGCCCAAGAGUGCUCGAUUCUCGGACCUGACAACCGAUCAGAAGCAGAUUCUCCUGUCGCUGUACGAGACCACCAAGAAGGUCCGGCAGACGCUGGACGAGCUGUCGACGUCGGCCUCGUCAACCAUCUCCUGCGGGUCGCUGGAUUACCAGACGCAGUCGGUCCUGGAGCGGACCGAUGCUCUGGAGGUGCGCCACGAUGCGGUGCGUGGCCUGCUCAAGCGCAAUGCCUGGCUGGUGGACGGGGCGCGCGAUGCCACGGCCAAGCUGCACCGGGACUUGGAGAAGGCCCAGCGCCUGCUGGAGCGCCUCGGUGGGGAGGCCAUCACCAAGCGCAACCAUCAGGGCGCGCCGGCCGGGACUUCCGGGGUCGGCCGGUCGUCCGGCGAUGCGGCCGCCGAGCAACACUUCUUUUCUCUGGACUCGCGCACCACCCCGGCGCUGAUGACCUUCUUCGAGAACCUGGUCGGGCAGCUGGAGGACCGGAUGCUGGCCAUCCGCCAGGACAUCGCCACCUAUGAGACCACGGUUUCCUCGCUGGACAGCUCCAUGUAUGCGUCGAUGGCUGACGUCAAGGACAUCAUCAAGGCCCAGAACGAGUCGAUGAUCGCCGUGGCCGAGCGCCUUGCCGCGGCGCACAGCGCGGUCGAGGUUGCCCGCGACGCAUACCUGCGUCUCCGCCGGCUGCAUCUGAACGACACGCACGAUCCAUUUGCCGCGGCCCGGCGGAGGAAGCGCGAGUUCGAGUCGGCCGGGCCCAAUGUCGGCCUGUCGAUCUGA